AUGGGGAAAGCCAGCGCCGCGAUAGUAGCGAAUAACUGCCGGACAAGCUUCCCGAAUAUAAAGCUCGCUCUAGUCGUGGGUGUCUGUGGCGUUGUUCCCUAUGGCCCUGCUGGCGAGGAGAUCAUACUUGGCGACGUCGUCAUCAGCGAUGGGGUCAUUCAAUACGACCUUGGACGGCGGCUACCAGGCCGCUUUGAGCGUAAAGAUACGCUGUUAGACUCUCUGGGGCGGCCGAAUAUCGAAAUACGAGGCUUGCUGGCGAAGUUGAAGGGUCUUCGGGGUCGCAAGCAGCUUGGCGCCGCCAUAUCUACCUACCUCGGUGUCCUCCAGAACGAGCCGCUCCUGGCCGCUGAGUACCCGGGCGCAGUACAUGAUAGGCUAUUUGAGGCUACAUAUCGCCACGUCGGCGACCAGGAGCCGUGCCAGCAGGUCGGUUGUGAUGGUAACCCGGUGCCGCGGCGGCGGCUCCACCACGACAAGGACGAUCCACGACCAGCCGUCCAUUUUGGUCUGAUUGCGUCCGGCGAUUCGGUCAUGAAGUCUGGGGAAGAUCGCGACGCUAUUGCAUUGAGGGAAGGCGCUAUUGCAUUUGAGAUGGAGGGUGCUGGUGUCUGGGAUACCUUCCCAUGCGUUGUGAUAAAAGGCGCGUGCGACUACGCGGAUAGCCACACGAGCAAGUCAUGGCAGCGCUAUGCUGCCGCCACUGCGGCUGCCUGUAUGAAGGCAUUUUUAAGCCAUUGGGUGCCUUCCGUACUUGCAGGGCCGACCCAGACGCUGCCUGCUGGUCCUUAUUUCGUCGUUCCAUAUCCCAAGAAUGAAACAUUUGUCGGCCGCGAUGCUAUACUCAAGAAGCUUCAAGAAAGACUUUCAACGUCCUCGCAGCCGAGGAUCGCGCUCUUUGGUCUCGGCGGUAUCGGGAAAACCCAGAUAGUCACUGCAUAUGCGUAUUGGCUCCACGAGACUUACCCUGAAAUGUCGGUCUUCUGGGUCCACGCGAGCAGUGCAGAACGGUUCCGCCAAGCGUACGCAACCAUCGCGCGAGAAUGCCACGUCCCUGGUUUGGAUGACCCGGAGGCAGACAUAUUAGCAUUAGUGAAAGCAUGGCUGGAGAGAACGCAUCAAGGUCGUUGGCUGAUGGUCGUCGACAAUGCCGACGACAAGCAGGUCUUUUACACAUUGCCAGAAGAUGAGGGUGGCUCCUCACCUUCCCAAGAUGGUGGCAUUGCGCGCUUCCUCCCUGAGAGCCCUCAUGGAUCCAUCCUCGUCACAACUCGGGAUCGGCAGGUUGGCGUCUUGCUCACGAAGGGUCGGACUCGGGCUGUAGAGGAAAUCUGCAAGAUGGACAAGCGCGAAUCUGAUCAGUUGGUUCGCGCCACGCUCGAUGGCCUCGAAGUGACGGUUGAUGAAAUCUCGCUUCUAACGUCUCGGCUGGAAUAUCUUCCUCUGGCACUCGUCCAGGCAGCCGCAUACAUUCGAAUGAAUGUUAUGGCGGUAAGCCGGUAUCUUCAGCUCCUAGACAAGAGCGACCACCACGGACUGGAACUACUCAGCAAGGAGUUUGAUACUAUUAGGAGAGACUCGGGGACUCCACAAGCAGUCGCAGCCACGUGGAUACUAUCCUUCAAGCACAUCGAAAAGCGAAGUAAAUUGGCGGGCGAGUUUCUCUCGCUCAUGAGUUUCUUCGACCGGCAAGCCAUCCCCAAGGAGUUUAUAUCCUGCUAUUGCCAUCGACGGCAGGAGCCAAUAGAUGGAGAUGGGGAGCUUGAGAGUCAGCAAAAAGAUAUCCAGCUUGAGGAAGCUCUAGGUCUUCUUAAGGCGUUUUCGUUCAUCUCGGAAAACAAGAACAGCAAAUUUACCAUCCAUCGGCUUGUGCAAUUAGUCACCCGGAAGUGGAUCGUCACCAAUGGCACCAUGGAUCAAUUCGCCAGGCAGGCACUUAUGACGGUGUUUGAUCUGUACCCUUACGGCACGUUUGAGAACCGCGAUGCAGGGAAAGCGGAAUUGGGCGGUGGAAGGAUGCAGAAGAUUUCCAACUGCAAGCAGUGA